AUGGAUCCUGUUGAGUUUAUUGAAGAAAUUAUUAAAACACCAGAAUCUGAUAAUGAUAAUACUAAAUCAUACAUUAUUUUAAUACGAGUAAAAUAUUCAUAUAAACCCGAAGCUUUAAUUUAUAAAUUUGAUAAUCACUAUAUGAGUUUUGAUAAAAAUUUUCAAAAAAUUAAUGCGAUUAUUAAUGAUAAAUUAAAAGAAUAUUUUGAACCAAAAAAAGAAAAUAUCAAAAAUCUUUAUAAUAAAAACAAGAUGAAUUUAAUUGGAUAUUUUUUAGAUGAUAUUGAAUUUUAUACAUUGGAAAAGAAAACAGAGUUAAAAAAUAUAGAAUUAAAAGAAAUAUCAUUGGAUGAAUUUAUAACAGAAUUUGGAUUGAGAGAAAGCACUCGAACAAAAAUUAGUAAUUUAAUAGUAGAAAAAAAUAAAAAACAUUAUGAAACUGUUGUUUUAAAUGAAACUAAAGGUUAUAAACACGAAUUAGUAGCUUUAGAGAAUAUUAUUACUAAAGCUCUUAAAAGAAUUAAUAGUGAAAAUCCUAAUAUGGUUAUUCGAGUAAAACAAGAGAUUAAAAUAGAAGAACGGCAAGAUCCUUUUGUUUUUGGAUUUGUAGGAGCACAAAAUGUUGGAAAAACUAAUGUUCUUAUUAAAUUCAAAAUGUAUUUAUUAAAUAAUGGAAUUAAGGAAGAAGAAAUUUAUGUGACUAAAAGUUUUAGUGAAAUUAUUAGUAGUAUGAAUACAAAAGUUAGUAAAACUCAUAAUAAUAUUCAAAAAGAAUUGAUCAAAUAUUAUGGAAAGACAUAUCAAGAAAUUGAAAAUAUUCAAGAAGAAAAGAAAAUAAAAUUUAUUUUAUUUGAUAAUACACCAUAUGAUAUUUUAAUAUAUAGUCAAGAAUUGGUUGAUGAGAAUAAUCAAAGAAAAAAAUUUUAUUAUAGAUAUAAUAAUAUUAAUGAAAGUGAUUAUAAUAAUAGUAAAUUUUAUACAUUAAAUAAUUCAUUAAUUAAUAAUGAAAUAAUUGGUAGUUUAAUUAAUAAGUUUAUUGUAGUGAAUAAUAUAAAAUCAGAUGAAAAUGAGUAA